UCGAUUUGCGUUCCAUCUCGUUGAUUUUUUGUCGAGGUCGCCCGUUGACCAUGUACUGUCAUGUACACAUACUGGUCCGUUAGCUUGUAACAACAGCUUCUUGGCCUGCAAGCAGGUCAUGCCACCCUUGGUAGUUGAAUCGCAGGUUCUUCUGAACCAAGGGUCAGCAAGUAUCUGCAGAUGGCUUGAGCAGGUGACCUCCACCGAUGAGCUUCUCACUUUUCUGCAGGAUUGGAACGUCUCAAUGCUACCGCUCCUCAGAGUUCGUCCAACGGAUGCUAUCGUUCUACAAACAAUCGUUGAAAAUGUCAUACCGCGCUUCUGGUCGCCAGAGUCUCCUCGUGAGAUGACUGCGAUUCUUGUACAAACCUUGUCUUGCAUGAGCGGUGUCAAUGCUCUCUUGCGCCAUCUACGUACGGAUAUCGAAGCAAAGCUACUACAAUGUGUACUCGAAUCACCGGCCUUUACUUUGGAGGCCACUCAUGCUGCUUGGUUCGAAGGCAGUGUCCUGGGUCCCGAGACAGCAAAGCAGCUCUGGGCUACUUACCUCUCAUUCGUUACCGGUAGCAAAUUGAUCAAUGCGGUUGCAGCGCACGAGAAGAAUCUGUCUCUACAUGUCUGUCUCUUUGCCUCGGCUGAAUGGCUCACUGCAUAUGUGACACGAUCCAUUCUGGCGCUUUGCCAAAGUUAUCAGACUAGAAGCGCUGAGCUACACGAAGUUGAGAUCGCUGAACUACUCUCUGGUGCCAUCAGUUUAGGCAAUGCAGACGUCAUUUGCGGCGAGUCGAUUGAGUUCCUAUCCAAAUAUGAGCAUGAAGGGAUUUGCGCUUUAUUCGGCAAGGUCGUUUCAUCGAUGGGGAUGCCGGCAAGAAACCGACUCAUGUUGGCAUCGUGCGCCUAUCUAGAGGAGAAGUACUUUGCGCAGGCAUCCACAUCAGCGGCUAUCAAUGAUGAUGAUCGAAUCGGUGCAGCAGGUUCUUUGCUGAGUAUUUUCAGUGGCAAUGAAGAGGACUCGCCUGCAAGGAGAUGGCUGAUCCAUCACUCUCACAAUACUUCUCUUGAGCUUCGUCGGGCAGCAUUAUUAGCAGUGGCAGUCUCAAAUGGGCUGUUUUCUUUGGCUGAAGAACUCCUUGCUCUAUGGGCAGACAAGACGCAGAUGCGGCAUGCAGGCCUUGACAAACGACGUGCCUUGGUGGAAACGUUUCUACUGACUCUGGGUCGACUGUCGAAGCAACAACAGGCGAUGCUUGCAUCAUCAUCGCUCGUCAUGACGGGCACGUCAAAUCAUCUCGAGAGCAGCUCCGACUCGAUCCGUGCGCAAGGCAUGGUUGUUGCCGAAGUCAUGUCAAAACUUGCCAACAAGUCCAGCAUCACCCUGAAGUUUGAUGUGCCAGGGACCACUGGAUCAGAGGCAGAAUACUUUCGCUCACUUCUUCUUGUUCGUGAAGAUACAAAGCCAAUCAAGUUGCUCAAGUCUGGACAAGUCAGCUUGCCUGCCGAAUCGGCGGAUCCAACAAAUAUGCAGCCCACCAAUUCUGGUGUGAAAGUAGAAGAAGUGGCGGAGUUUCCAGAUGACCAAAUAAGUACGGAAGACGUCAAGCCAAUGCGUCUUCCAGACUCUGACGAUGAAGAUUCAGAUGAAGAUCCGUCUUUGGUCGAUCGCGACAAGGUCCCUCCGCCGCUCUACAUCCGCACCUUGAUCGAGCUGCUCACGCAGCAUGACUCCUAUAAGAGCAUUCACUGUGGCUUGAAACACGCGCCGCAGCUGAUUGUACGGAAAGCGCAAUAUGGCACUGAGCUUAGCAAUUACGCAACGAAUCUAGCAGAAAUAUUGAGUGGUCUGCGAGAUACAUUUGACAUGGAAGACUUUCAUCAGCUCGUUCUGUCAGCACUCUUCGCACUGGUCGCUGCGUGUCCAGAAAAAGUCGGCCCAUACCUGAGCAGAGCAUACUUUGUGGCAGAUUACUCACUCCAGCAGCGAGUUAUCAUCUUGUCCGCCAUCUCUCUUGGCAGUCAUCUUUUGGCAGAAGGAGGUGAUCUUUCAGGAUGGGCAGAAAAGGAGUCGCGGGCUCUUCAAAAGCUCUGUAUGAAUGGCAUGGUACCCAAUGAAAAGCCGGUGGCAAGGUCCAAAAGCAAGGCGACUUGGCAGAACUAUACGCUGCUACCGCUCGUUGGCAAUUACCAAGCUUAUGCCUCUCAUAUGGCGGGCAGAGAUGACAGUGCCUUUCACGAAACCAUCUUGCUCUCUCACUACAUCAAGACAGUGAUGACCAUCUAUACAUUCAGUGCGACGACCGCCAACUUCAAGACAACCACGAAUGAGGUUGUGAACUUCAUCUUGGGUUUACGAUCCAAUCGCGAUGAAGAGAUUUGCACAGUGCUAUCCGAGCUUGUUGCCCGUGUCUUGGAACUCAGUGAUGCACGUACAAUAGUGCAAGACGGCAAAGGAGAUACACUGGUCGCCCUCCAAGAUUGGGUACGCGGGGCAUUUGAGGUCUGCAAAGAUGCAAAAGUCAGAGCACGUCUCGGUGGUAGUGCUGUCAAGAUUGCAGAAAUGGCACAGGAAACGAUGGACUUGGUGCUAGCUGGUCAAUCUGCAUCAAUGUUGAGUACCAACAACCGAUUUGGUCUGCGCGGGCUGCAGUAGACAUAUCUAAGGGUCUGAUACCUUCUAAUCUCCUUUAACUUGUGACGCAGCAGCAGCAGGC